ACCUGCACGUGCAUGUGCGUGUGUAAAUUGUAUGUGCUUGACAAAUAAAGUAGUAAAUUAAUUCUAUUUAAAUAUACAGUUUAAUGCAAAAGUGCAAUGAGUUACAGGCGCAAAAAGCAUCAUAAGGGUAUUCUACACAUUAAAAAGAGCCACAGGACCAAAAGGAGAACUAAAGAUCUCGAUGAGAUCGAUGAAGACUUGAUAGAAGAAAAUGUUAAGCAACUGCUGAAUCAGGAGAUUGAUUUGGACAAACCAGGAGCCGCACAACACUACUGCAUACAUUGCGCGCGUUACUUCAUUGAUCAGAAAGCUCUGGAAGAUCAUUUUAGAACGAAAGUGCACAAAAGGAGGUUAAAAGCUCUAGAGUUGGAACCAUACACAAUAAAAGAUUCAGAAAGAGCAGCUGGACAGGGAAGUUUUGUUUUGCCAAAAAAAAGAAAAAUUGAAACCUUACGAACUGAGGAUGAUAUAAACAAAGACUCGAGUAUGAAAGUUGAUGAGUAACUUUGUAGGUGGUUGGAU